UUUAUGAUAAAUUAUUAUUUAACUGAGGCCUUACUGGAACAAUGCUAGAGGAAGGGGACCUUGACGCACUCCUUGCAUGCAAAGAGCAAGAAUGGAAAGAUCUCCAGGCUCGCCGCAUCCACAGACUGGAGGCAGCACUGCGGGACACGACUGGUCAGUUGAAAGAGCAGAAAGAGAAGUUUGACAGGCUGAAGGAGGAUUUCAAGUAUAACCUGCGGGUCCUGGAGGAGAGAGACCAGGAGCUGGAUCGCUACGAUGCCAUGUUCAGCCGUCUGAAGACGCUGGAGAGCACCAAGCAAGCAGAGUCCAGUGAGCUGCGCAUCCAGAUCGAUAAGCUGCAGGAGGCUGUUUCCAUAGAAACCAGAACGCGUGAAGAGCUCCAGCAUCAGUACCAGCAAAGGGUUAAAGAACAUCAGCUUGAAUUAGAAAAAGUGCAUGGCCUGAAGGACUGUGACAUCCAGCAGUAUCGCCAGGAGUACGAGAAGCUGAAGCGAGAACUGGAGAGGAAGAUCCAGGAGGUGGAGGGGGAGCUGGCAUUGCAGAAACAGGAGCUGAUGGUGGAGUUUGACAGUGAGAUGAGAAGGAGAGAGCAUGAAUUCAAUCUGAGAAUUGAUGAGAUGAGCAAUGUCAUUUUCUCACAUGAGCUCAAGGUUAAAUUGCUGACAAAGGAGUUGGAGGUUCACAGAGAUGCUCGAGAGGAGUGUGCUGUUUCUCUGCAAGCAGCAGAAAAUAUUGCCCGGGAGAUGGAGAAGGAGAUCAGACGCAAGGAGCUGGAGAUCAAAGAUGUUUCUGCUGUCAAGAACGCACGGAUAAAAGAACUGGAAGAUAAACUUGACAUGCUGGAGUUAAACUGGAAGAAAGAAGAAGAAAUAUUCACCAGAAAACACCAGGAGUUGGACCGUUUUGCCCGUGAAAGGGACGCAGUGCUGGUGACAGUGAAGGAGGCCCAUGCUGAGCAGGUUCGGAGCCUGGAGAAGAACCUCAGGGAGCUGCAGACCAGCCUGGAGACCCUGGAAAUGGAGAAGCGGAGACUGGAGUGGAACCACACAGACACCUUGAGGGAGAAAGAAGAGCAGCUGGAAAAGCUUCGCGGCGAGCUGGAUACAAUGCGAUCAGGCUGGGACGCUUACAUUGCUCAGGUGUCUAAGAAAACAGUUGCAAAGGACAUGCAGGUCCAGUGUCUGGCAGAACAGGAGUCCAAGGUGAAGACAGAGCUGGCCAGAUAUAAGGAGGAUGUGGAGAGGUACAAACAUCAGCUGUCUCAAACUCUGGAGCGUGAGCGCAGUCUGGAGCAGGCCAAGGUACAAGCAGAGCUGGACUGGCAGAGACGCUGUGAGGAUGCAGAGAGAGACCAGUACUUAAAAAACGAGGAGUUGAUUCAGGGGCUCAGUAAAGCCAGAGAUGAGGCAAUGGCUGAACUUCGGGAGAAGGAGCGGGAGCUGCAGGAUAUGAAUGUGCUGGUGCAAAGUGUGACCAUCGAGAGGGACCAGUCCGUGGCUGCUUUACACAAACAUGGAUUUCAUUCUGAGAGAGAGACACAGGGGAAAGGCUUUGAGCAGGGGGUGCUGACAGAAGGCGAUUUCCCCUCAGAAGAGAUCCGCAGACUGCAGCAGCAGAACAGCAGCCUGCGUGCCGUCAUCGCCGAGAUGAGAAAAGAGAUGGAAACACUCAACGAGCUGAUCCCAGCAGCCACUAGUGCUGCCAGGUCACAUGACACCAGCGUGUCAAUCACAGAGCCCAAGGUGAAGCCUGACGUCUCUUUGGGCCCCUUCACACCAGAGUACAUCAGGUCUCUAGAAGACGAAGUAAAAGAGUUGAAACAGAAAUGCAGACGGCAGGAGGAACAGCUGGAGGAGGCAUUAAAGGCUCCCAGUAAGACAUCAGCCCCUUUCCCAGGAUUCCCAGUCUCUGCAGACAAUGCUUACCUCCAGAAUCACACUCGCACUCUCAAUGAGACCAUAGGCGGUCUUAGAGCUGAAAAAGUCUCCAUUGCUGCAACUUUGAAAAAACAGGAGGCCAGGGUCGCUUAUCAGGAGUCCAUGGUGACUCAACUCACACAGCAGGUACGUCUGAAGCAGAAUGAAUGUGAUGAGCUUCGUUACAACCUGACCAAUCAGACAAAGAGGAGUGAUGUGGAGAUAGCUGGGCUGCGGGAUCACAUAGCGGGACUAGAGUUACAACUGGCUGAAGCACGCAAGGAGGCGGAGGAGUACUUCAAGGGUAACCUGCAGCAAAACCUGGAGACUGUUGCUCUGGGGAAUGAAGUUUCAGCCUUGAAGUUAGACAUUGCAAGUCGACGAGCCCCAGUUGUGGUUGAACAGAGUGAAAUGGUCAGUCAGUUGCAGGAUGAAAUUCUGCUUUUGCGGCAACAGCUGUAUGCGUCAGGCCCGGGAGCCAGUCUCAGCAGGUACGAGAAAGCGAAUGUGCAGACGUUACAGGCCAAACUGAAGCAGGCGGUACGAUACAUCUCCCAGCUCACUCGGGACAAGCAGCAACUGAUUGAGAUGGGAAACAAGCUGCGGGCUGAGCUGGCAGGAGCUGGGCUGCAAGCUUCCUUUUCAGGUUCACAGCCCACUGGUUCAGUAUAUACCUCUGAACCAACUGCCGGCCCCUCCACCAUUGUCUCCCAGUCUCCUAAAGGGCUGGCUCGUGAAGCUCAGAACCGCCUCACUGCAUUGGAACAACUCCAGUACGAGCUCACUGCUCAGGAGCUGCAGUAUGCACAAAGGGAUCAGUAUAAAAGACACCCCCUGAUUUUACACCCUACGUCUUCAGAGAGUGAGGAUGGAACAAAAGGAAAGAGGAGCAAUCCAAUGGGCCAGCAUGCAAGGGCUGGCGAUGGUGAUAAGCAGACCAUAGGAAGCAAGAAAGAGACUACACCUCCAGAAUUGAGCCAGUCACCACAGCUCAUCAGACCUGAGUACAGCCAACUGUAUCCUGAGACGAGGCCUCUCUCCAGCCAAUCGCAACCCCUGAUGUCAUCUUUCGGAGCAGACAGUUCUCUCCAGGAUAUCUGGCAGAUGUUAGACAGAGGUUCAAGUCCGUCUAUCUGCACGCCCCGGGAAGGCACAGAGCAAGUAGGAGCUGGCAGAAGCAGUGGUGCAGUGGUAGAGAGAGGAGGUCCUGUAAUGAAUUUCAGCUGCCGUGGCUCAGGAGGUGGGGUUAGCGUUCAAGGAAGAAAAGCAGAGUUUCAGGAGGGAAAGAAAACAGGGAAACCAUUGAGUGAAUCAGUAGUGAAGCAAAAACGAACUGCAAAGAUACGGAACUACAAUAUAAAACACUGAGUGGAGAAAACAUAAGGAUUGCGUACAAUCUAAGUACAACCUAGUUGAAUUAAUUGUGUACAUUGUACAGUUUGUAUACUUUGAUGCAUUUUUAAAAAUAUUUUUACAAUUAUAUUUUUGUAGGUCAUUACUGUACUUUGUGACAAUUGUCUCCUCUCUUACAAAUAAUGUGUAAACCAAUAAAAAUUAAACAUAUGUAUGGAUAUUGGGUUUGUGCCACAGAAACCUACAACUGCGGGAAAAGCUGUGAACACUGCCUUAGACUGAUUUCUUAUUGAACUCAAGUUUAAAGGUUUGCACGUGAACACCCACAUAUUAUAUCCAAUGUGUAGUUCCGUUAUGUUCCAAGUCCCAUGAACUUUAACUGCAGAGAAAUGCACAAAGUGUCUUUAGUGGUUCAGUACUUCAUACUUU